UCUUGUCACUGCUUGUUCUUUGAAAGGACAACCAUUCUCAAGUGGCUUCAGACUUUCAUCUACUGCUGUUUGUCCCUCCUUAUGAUAAGAGCUAACUGCGAAAUUGUCUGUUUCUGGGAAAUAGAGAGUCAAAGUACGAUUACUGAUUUGUAGCCAUUGGUUAGCUCUCCUCAGAGGGAGGGACCAACAGCAGCAGAUAAGAACCUUAAGACACUGACAUGCACUCAGUGCGCAGUGAGUGAAGAACACACACCAAGGGGAAAAAAAUAGGACACAACAACUGGCGACGAGGUGUGGAUUCGUUUAGGAACGAACGGGAAGCGAGAGGUACCAGCAGCAACUAGCGAUAGCAACGUGGUCAAGCAAUGGCGGUUUUCAGCAGUGAGUUGGGUUUGUGCUUUAAUGAGGCUGACGAAAGCUUCACCACAUACGAAGAACGUUUUGCACAUUUUAUAGAAGCCAGUGGAAUAGAAGAAGGGAAACAACGGGCCGUUUUCCUAUCCGUGGUAGGUGCAAAGACUGUCUCGUUACUGACCUACUUGGUAGCACCGAAGAAGCCAUCUGAAACCCCACUAGCAGACAUUUUGAAAGCAUUGAGAGAUUUUUAUGUACCGAAGAAAAAUGUCGUCAGUGAACGUUAUAGUUUCCGUGCAAGCAAGCAACAAAGUGGAGAGUCUGUAGCAGAAUAUGUAGCCGCGCUAACAGGGCUAGCAGCCUCGUGCGAGUUUGGCCUAACGCUAGAAGAACAAUUAAGGGAUCAGCUAGUUUAUGGCAUUAGUAGUGAGGAGCUACGUACUAAGCUGUUAAGUGCUGCACACGGAGAACAGUUAAAUUGGGCAAAAGUGAUGGACAUUGUGAAUAAUUUCGAGUGCACAACUACAAGUUUGAGAACGUUCCAGCAAACCCCGCUGAGGACAGACAGUGUGAGAAGUCACGAGGGUAAGGCGUGUGCUCGCGGGACCGCAGAGAAGACACAUGACAGAGAAGAAAUUCUGGGCGCCAGAGAGACAACGUUCAACACAUGCCUUGGAGAGGAGCAUCCAGCGAGGGAGACAGCCAACCAGGGCAACAGCUCCGGCAGACCAUGUCCAUUCCCGGAAAGCACAACCGCAGAGGGAGAGACCCUUUACAUAGCGAAGGAACCAGCCAGCAUGGGACCACGUGCUACAGGGUUAAAGAGCCAGUCAGCACUAGGAGAUUCCAGAAGACCUCCAGGAAGCUCAUCCCAAACGGAUCUAGAGGAACCUAAGAACGAUGACAGGAUCCAAGGAGCAAACAAAAUUAAAAAUCAAAUCAACAAUAAAAACAUCUUCACUCCACUCUCAACUGGUAAUCCUGCAAUUUACAAACUUAACCUGAAGUCAACAGGAAAUGAUCAGGUCUGCAUAAAGGACUUUGGAAGCCAAGUAUUAGGGAGGCGUAAUAAAACAAUCAUGCUUCUUGGUGCCACUGGAUCAGGCAAGACUACCCUCAUCAAUGGCAUGAUCAACUACAUCCUGGGAGUGGAGUGGAAGGAUGAAUGGAGAUUUAAACUGAUAGAUGAAGUGACCAAUAAGACACAAGCAGAGAGUCAGACUUCAGAGGUCACAGCCUAUCAGAUUCACCACAAUGAGGGCUUUAAAGUUCCUUACUCUCUCACCAUCAUAGACACCCCAGGGUUUGGAGACACCAGAGGCAUUAAACAAGACAAAGAGAUCACUGAGAAAAUCAGACAGUUCUUCACCCGACAAGAUGGCAUUGCCAGCAUUGAUGCUGUGUGCUUUGUAGUGCAGUCAGCUUUAGCUCAACUUACACCUACACAGAAAUACAUCUUUGAAGCUGUUCUUUCAAUCUUUGGUAAGGAUAUAGCAUCCAACAUCAUUUCUAUGAUCACCUUUGCUGAUGGACAGAAACCCCCAGUGUUGGAAGCCAUCAGAGCUGCUGAUAUCUCAUGUGCCACAAAAGAAGAUGGGUCCCUUCUUCAUUUCAAAUUCAACAACUCUGCCCUUUAUGCCUCAAAUGAACAAUCAGAUGACAGUUUUGACCAGAUGUUCUGGAACCUGGGAAAAAAAAGCAUGAAUGGAUUCUUCAACAGUUUAAACACAAUGGAGACCCGGAGCCUGCUGCUGACUAAAGAAGUGCUCUCUGAGCGCAAACAGCUGGAGGCCACUGUAGCAGGAGUGCAGCCACUGAUCCAAAAGGGCCUCGCAAAACUCAAUGAAAUACAAGAAGCAAAAGCAGCACUGCACCAGCAUCAGAGUGCCAUUAAUGCAAACAAGGAUUUCACAUAUGAGGUUGAUACUGCAGUGGCAAAGAAGGUGGAGUUACCAGUAGGAGUCCAUGUAAACAACUGCCUUAAAUGCAACUACACCUGCCAUGAUAACUGUUCCCGCAGAAAUGAUGAUGAUAAGAUUCGUUGUUCGGCACUGAAGAAUUCCUACUGUACAGUGUGUCCUGGCAAAUGCAUAUGGAGUGUGCAUCACAACAUGAGAUACAGGAUCGUGACAGAAAUGAAAAAAGAGACGAGAACAUAUGAAAAUCUGAAAAAACAGUAUGAGGUAGCACAGGGAAAAAAGAAGACUGCAGAAGAGAUUGUAACACAAUUGGAGAAGGAAUAUGAUGAAGUUCAGUUCGACGUUUUUGAAAUGACUGAUAAAAUGUCCAGGAGUCUACAUCGUCUGCAGGAGAUCGCACUUCAGCCAGACCCACUGUCCACCCCAGGUUACAUAGAGCUGCUAAUUGAGGCUGAGAAGCAGGAGUGUAAACCAGGAUACAAGAAGCGUGUGGCUGAGUUACAGAAUGUCCUUGAAGGAGCAGUUAUUGUGAACAAGGUGACUAAAGGAGAGCCACUCACAGAUCAGGAACAUAAAAUGAGUUUAGGUUCCAGAUUUUAAAAAUGGCUGUGGCUUCAGACCAAGAAGUAUGAAUCUACAUAAAACAUAUGAUACAUAAAGGGUGCAUAAAGCACAUUGCUGAGUUGGGAGAACUUCCAUUAGCAGGCGGUGAAUAAGCAGUUAACUAUCAGCUAGGUGGUUAAAAAAAGAAUCAUUCAAUGAACAGGAAAAUAAAUUGAAUUGCUUGCCAAAGCUAGUGGACUACAUAAUAAUAUAACAAGUUGGUUCUCUGAUUCAAUAUUGAAUGAAAAAAGGAAAGAAACAAAAGCUGAAUACGUGCGGUCAUGCACAUCGUAAUUUCAUUGUGAGCAUAUUACUUUUUAAUACAGUCGCUUGUACGCGUUCAUUUAAGUGUGACUUUAUACAGUUUAAUUAUGACAUAUUUUACUCCUGUAACUUUAAGGCUCCAUCAUCAUUAUUAGGUUGUAACAAGUAGGGUGUCUGCAUCAGACUGAUGUAAGAUGUAAUUCAUUCAUAUUUUGACCUUGCAUGCCAUUUUUUUAUCCUAUAAUAAAAUAAAACCUUUUCACAACGG